AUGUAUCAAAGUGUGAAAUAUUUCUUUUUAUUUUUCUAUGGGUGUUAUAUUUUGAGAGAAGCAAAUUCGAGAAUUCAGGGGAAAAAAGAAUGA